AUGGCAUCCCCUAGUCCCGAGGGUGCCUUGAGCAACUUCCCUCAGGACCCGUCCGAAUUCGACAGCGACCCGCGCAUUUCCUUCUCGAAACUAGACGACAAGUUCAUUUUGGAAACAGAGGAUGGCCAGGAGUUUGAAUACGAUACGGCUUUGAAGCGAUGGAUUCCGACGGUAGAUGAACAACUGCUCCGACAACAGCAAGAAGCCUAUAAGGUUCAGGGCGUAGAUGACAGUGACGAAGUCACGGCAUCGCAACUCAAGAAGAAGCGCAAGCAGCAAGCCACCAAAGACGAGGGAAACGGUCAAAAAUCGAAGAAACCGCGUGUGAACACAGCGGUCUAUGUUACGUCAAUUCCUCUUGAUGCUGACUUUGAAGAAAUCCGAUAUGUCUUUUCUAAAUGUGGCGUCAUCGCCGAGGAAAUCGACAGCGGCCGCCCACGGAUUAAGAUGUACAUGGAUGACGAUGGAAAAUUCAAGGGCGAAGCUCUCGUUGUGUUCUUUCGCCCGGAAUCUGUCAACCUUGCGAUCCAGAUGCUGGAUGACUCGGAUUUCAGGUUAGGAGUAACAGGGCCGCAGGGGCCUAUGCGGGUUCAACUUGCAGAUUUCUCUUACAAAAGCCAACAAGAAGCACCGACCAAGACCAGCGCGAAGGAUAAGAGAAAGAUCAUUCAAAGGACCCAGCGAUUAAAUAAGUAUGGAACCUACAACAAACUUGCCGAUUGGGAUGAUGACGACCCAUCUGCUUUACCAGAGACCAACUCUAAGUUUGACAAGGUCGUGAUCUUGAAGCAUAUGUUCACUCUGAAAGAACUCGAUGAUGAUCCAGCAGCCAUACUUGACAUCAAGGAGGACAUCCGUGAUGAGUGUUCGAAACUGGGAGAGGUGACGAAUGUAGUUCUUUACGAUAAGGAAAUUGAUGGAGUAGUUAGUGUCAAGUUCCAUGACCCAGAGGCUGCAAGAAACUGCGUCAAGCUCAUGGAUGGCCGGUUUUUCGCAGGCACCCGCGUUGAGGCUUACAUUUCCGAUGGUAGCGAGCGAUUUAAGAAGACGAACGAGAAACGAGCGGCGCUUGAAGACUUGGCGGAGAGGGGACUUGAUGCCGACGAGGAUGAGGAAGAGAGACAGCGAUUGGAUGAAUUUGGCACAUGGCUCGAGAGCUCUCACACUGUGGAGAACACGGCCAAAUAA